AUGCCGUCCGCAAAUGGAACCCCGGUGCCUGCCGUAAAAGGCAACUACCUCAACACGCUGCUGGAAAAGGCGAAGAACCUGCCUGCGGGCAAAAUGAAAGAGCUUGGUGAGGAGGUGCGCGGGAUGCGCAAAAAGGCCGCUGCUGAUCCAGAAGUGGCGUGCUACCUUGACAUCCUUUGUCGCUCAUACUUGAGCAGCGAAGCGAGUUCGGCGAGCCUGGAUGCCACAUUUGAAAAUUGGCAGAAGCAGCAGCAGCAACAACAAGAAGAAGAGGAGAGGAAGAAGAAAGAGGAAGAGGAGGAGAAGGCGAGGAGUGAGCGGAAGAGGAAAGCGGAGGAAGACACCUCCCAGCUUGACCAAUCCGCCACCAGCCGUAAGAAGACUGGCUCUGCCGUUGCGGCUUUUGGAACGGCAAGUAUACGUUCGCCUGCCGAGGCAAGGUGGGAGGAGUAG